AUGAUGCGGCGCAUUCCCUUACUGAUAAUAUUCACUGUCGCCUCCUGCAUGGAGAUGCGGGAGACAGUCGAGAGGAUGGUCAUGGUCCGCACUACAGGAUCUGACCUUCAACCGGCCGCAACUGGAUAUAUCUACAAAAAACAGAACGAUGGUCUCGCUAGUGUUAUCAAAAUGGAUGAAGAUGAAAUAUUAGAGCAACUGUCUAAGUUCUACGAUCACCCGAAAGUGUUUGCGGCUCACGACAAAGAGGCCGCAGAUCAAGCGGAUGAAAGCAAAGAGGAGUCACGCAAGGAUGCGCAUGUCAUACCAGUUGUGGAGAAACACGAAGAGAACGAUGGUCACAUUGAUGGCAUAGCCGAUGAAGAAUAUCCGAAGAAUUACGAUAGUUACGAAAACUAUAAAAAUAAUUUUGAGAAAUACCUCCACGGUUUGAAACAUUACAAAGAUGGACUCUAUCACGGAUAUGGCGGAGGUGAUAGCUACGGAGCUAAUGGACAUCAUGGGUACGGUGAUAAGGGAUACAAAGGGUACGGGGGAGAAGACUAUUAUGGCAAAGGAGGCGCCGGAGACUACCACAAUAAGAAUUACAAAAGCUUCUACGUAUCAGAAAAAAGUGGUCACGGGAAAGAUUAUGACGAAGCCGAUAAAUACGGUAAACAUUACGGAGAAGGUCACGGAGAAAAAGGGGGAGACCAUGGACAUAAGGAAGGGCACAGCAAAGGAGAGAAAAUCGAAGGCUUUCAUAAGGUCUUCGAUAAGAACGAAUUCAAGAAAGACAAUGACUUUUACAAUGGUGAAGGACACAAAGGAGAUUUCAACAAGUUCGGCAAGGGACACGAGCACCAUGAAACAACUGACGGAGGGCAUAAAAAGGGAGAGUCCCAUGAUUCAGGACAUGCAGAAGGAGGUUCAGAGAAGGGAGGACACUUCGAGAAGGAAUCUGGCGCAGAACACGAUGCCGGCCAUUCAGCCGAGGAAGGAGGAAAGUCUGAGCAGCAUGGAGACGAGGCUAAUGGAGCUAAGGGCGGCGCAAUCAAGGGCCAGACCUACGGCUACGAAGUCAAGCACUGA